AUGGUGUACUGGAAAGAAUGGAAGAUUAAAGGUGUAAAUACAGUAGGUGAUCUCUAUGAGAAUGAGAUUUUUAUGAAAGAAUGGAAGAUUAAAGGUGUAAAUACAGUAGGUGAUCUCUAUGAGAAUGAGAUUUUUAUGUCAUAUGUGGAUUUGCAGAGGAAAUAUAACUUUGUAGAUAAAGGGAAUUUCUGGAAACGAGAGCUAAAUCAAUUGCAGCAUGACCACAACACUCUAGUGACAAACCUGGCCCUUGUCACAUCGUCUCAGAGGGUACAGAAGGACAUUAACGAUUCAGCGCUGAUAAGGACAUUGAUUCAAAGCAAAGAGGAGUAUGACUGCCUUGCUGAGCAGGAGAAGAAUCUAAUUGCUAGGCUUGAUGCUCAGAUAAAAGAACAAGAAGAAAAAAUUAUUAAGCUCAAGAUGUCCGUCGGCGGCAUUGGGAAAGUUCAACAACGGCGAAGACAUUUGCAGAAACAGAUACAAACUUUGGAGAAUCAACUAAACCUGGCGACUGUGAAGUUUAACUCUAUAUUGGCUGAAAACUGCAAACUCCGUGAAGAAAUGAAUAGCCUGAGAGCUAACAAAGAGAUUUACACAAAACUAUAUAACAAACUCAGUGCAAAAUUACAGGGACAAAAGAAGAUAAUGAGAGAUAUUGUUGAGGAUUCUAUACAAGCUUAUGACCAACGGAUGGAGGCAGAGUCGAGGAUAAAUGCUGUGAAAGAAAAAAGUGCAAAAGACUUCCUCCUGUACAACACAGAGAUAAAGGAACUAAUGCGUAUUAUUGAUCAUGAGACAAAACUUAAGGAAUUCAUGCUGAUUAAAUUCCGACAAUUUUCAAAAGAAGGUAGACUAUUUCAUAGCCUAUAAUGUUGAAAAAUGUUAUAUGCUGAAGGGAGUAUAAUAUCCAAUAUCUGAGACAGUAGAGCACUGCUUCUAAUCCUUGUCUAAACUCUUUGCUAAUUUUGCUUGUGGAUAGUGAGAAUUGUGGACAGAAAUAACACAGAACUUCUUUAACCAGGGAGUGGUGAAUCUGUUAACUAAGGUGUGAUGAACCUGUUAACUAGAAGGUGGUCCACCUGUUAACUAGAGGGUGGUAAACCUGUUAACUAAGGGGUGGUGCACCUGUUAACUAGGGGGUGGUGCACCUGUGGAAUACAUUACAACAGACAAUGUCAGGUGUAUUUAUGUUGGAGGUUGAUAGGUUCUCAAUUAGUGAGAGCAUCAAAGGUUAAGGGGAGAAGGCAGGAAAGUAGGGUUGAGAGUGGAAAUAAAUCUCAUCCUCUAUAUGUGCUAAACAUUCGUUGAUACAGUUUAAAGUAGUGCAUAGGGCCCAUAUGUCUAAGGAUAAAUUAGCUUGUUAUUAUUCUCAUAUAAGUCCAGUGUGUGAUAGAUGCCAUUCUGAGACAGCCUCUUUAACCCAGAUGUUUUGGUCAUGUUCCUCUUUGAAAAAAUAUUGGGAAUAUACCUUUGACGUUAUUUCAACUGUUUUGAAUAUUGAUUUACAACCUCAUCCUAUUACUGCAAUUUUUAGUUUAUCAAUGAUAGAACCACAUCUCUUAACCUCUUCAGUGUGUCGUAUGAUUGUAUUUCUUACAUUAAUGGCUAAAAGAUCUAUUUUGCUGUAUUGGAAAGAGAUUAAUCCUCCCACCACAUUUCACUGGUUCUCUCAAACUAUGUUAUGUUUAAACUUAGAAAAAAAUCAAAAAAUCCAUCCAUUAAAUUUGGGAAGACUUGGAGGCCUUUCGUAUGAUGUGAUUUGACCUUUUUCCAAACCUAUUCUCUUGUUUUAAUAUAUGCAGAGAGGUUCGGAGUUAAUGACACUAAUGGUUCUUUCUUUUUUUUGAUGUUACAAACAGCCCAUGUUCUUUUCUUUUUCUUAGUUUUUGGUUCGUAUUGUUAGUUUUAUUUUGGGGAUAUAUAUAUUUUUGUUUUUCUUUUUGGAUUUGUUAAUCCUUUCUUCUAUGUAUACUAUAUUUGUACUUGAACAAUUUUGAGAGGUUUAUUACCCUUGCAUUAACUGAAUAUAUAUUUAUGUAUGUUAACCAUUAACAAUGUAAUCCCAAUAAUUGU